AUGUGCUGCCGGCUGCUGCUCCUGCUGUGCGCGCUGCUUGCCCGGACAGCCGCCGGGGGCUCAGGGCGGUCCUACCCGCACCGCAGCCUCUUGGACUCGGAGGGCAGGUACUGGCUUAGCUGGGGCCAGCGGGGCGGCCGGCUCACCUUCCGCCUGGAGGUGCGCACCGCCGGCUACGUGGGCUUUGGCUUCUCGCCCACCGGGGCCAUGGCCGAGGCGGACAUCGUCGUGGGUGGAGUGGCCCAUGGGCGACCCUACCUCCAGGAUUAUUUUACAGAUGCAAAUAGAGAGUUGAAAAAAGAUGCACAGCAAGAUUACCACCUAGACUAUGCCAUGGAGAAUAGUACACACACCGUCAUUGAGUUUACCAGAGAGCUGCACACAUGUGAUGUAAACGACAAGAGCAUAACGGACAGCACUGUGAGGGUGAUCUGGGCUUAUCAUCAUGAAGAUGCAGGAGAAGCUGGUCCCAAGUACCACGACUCCAAUCGAGGCACCAAGAGCCUGCGGUUACUUAGUCCUGAGAAAACCAGUGUGUUGUCUGCAGCCUUGCCAUAUUUUGACCUGGUAAAUCAAGACGUCGAACCGGUGAUACAGAGAGGUCACGAGAGUCUGGUCCAUCACAUCCUGCUCUACCAGUGCAGUAGCAACUUCAACGACAGUGUCCUGGACUACGGCCACGAGUGCUACCACCCCAACAUGCCCGACGCCUUCCUCACCUGCGAGACUGUUAUUUUUGCGUGGGCCAUUGGUGGAGAGGGCUUUUCCUAUCCACCUCAUGUUGGUUUAUCCCUUGGUACUCCGUUAGACCCUCAUUAUGUGCUCCUGGAGGUCCAUUAUGACAAUCCUACAUAUAAGGAGGGAUUAAUGGAUAAUUCAGGAUUGAGAUUCUUUCAUACAACUGAUAUCAGGAAAUAUGAUGCUGGGGUGAUUGAGGCUGGCCUCUGGGUGAGCCUUUUCCACACCAUCCCACCUGGCAUGCCUGAGUUCCGGUCCGAGGGUCACUGCACGCUGGAGUGCCUGGAAGAGGCUCUGGAAGCCGAGAAGCCCAGUGGAAUCCAUGUGUUUGCUGUUCUCCUCCACGCUCACCUGGCGGGCAGAGGAAUCAGGCUGCGUCACUUUCGGAAAGGGGAGGAGAUGAAAUUACUCGCAUACGACGAGGAUUUUGACUUCAAUUUCCAGGAGUUUCAGUAUCUGAAGGAAGAGCGGACAAUCUUGCCAGGAGAUAACCUAAUUACUGAGUGUCGUUACAACACCAAAGACAGAUCUCGUAUGACUUGGGGAGGCUUGAGCACCAGAAAUGAAAUGUGUCUCUCCUACCUUCUUUACUACCCAAGAAUCAAUCUUACUCGUUGUGCAAGUAUUCCAGACAUCAUGGAGCAGCUUCAGUUCAUUGGUGUUAAGGAGAUCUACAGGCCUGUCACGACCUGGCCUUUCAUUAUCAAAAGCCCUAAGCAAUAUAAAAACCUUUCUUUCAUGGAUGCGAUGAACAAGUUUAAAUGGACUAAAAAGGAAGGUGUCUCCUUCAAUAAGCUUGUCCUGGGCCUGCCUGUGAACGUGAGAUGUUCCAAGACGGACAAUGCGGAGUGGUCGAUUCAAGGAAUGACGGCCUUACCUCCAGAGAUAGAUAGACCCUACAAAGCAGAGCCGCUGGUGUGCCGAACGCCUGCAUCUUCCUCUUCUCUGCACAGAAAUGUCUGCUUCCAGGUGUUGGUGUGGACCUUGGUGCUCUGGUGCUCGGUGGUCGGCUGA